AUGUACGCGCCCCUGCGCCACGGGCGUCACCGCAGCAUCGCUCUCCGCAGCGCGCUGCUUGACGAGUUCCGCGCGAACAAGGCGAGGAAGUGGGAGCUCAGGGAUAUCUUCGGCUACAUCGUCGAGUUCUCUGGCGACCAGCACGGGUCGCGCUUCAUCCAGCAGAAGCUCGAGACGGCGUCGACCGAGGAGAAGCAGAUCGUGUUUGACGAGAUCGUACCAGACAACGCGCUACAGCUUAUUCAGGAUGUCUUUGGUAAUUACGUUAUUCAGAAGCUAUUCGAGCACGGUACGCAAGUACAGAAGACCGUGCUCGCCAGCACGAUGGAGGGCCACAUCCUUCCCCUGUCACUACAAAUGUACGGUUGCAGAGUUGUGCAAAAGGCUAUCGAGUGUAUUCUACCGGAGCAGCAGGGCGCGUUCGUUCGCGAGCUCGAGGCGCAUGUGCUCAAGUGUGUGAAGGACGCGAACGGUAAUCAUGUCAUUCAAAAGCUAAUCGAGCGUGUGCCGGCGGAUCGUCUCCAGUUCGUGUCGACGUUCCGCGGCAAUGUGUACGACCUGUCGACGCACCCCUACGGAUGUCGCGUGCUUCAGCGCUCCCUGGAGCACCUUCCGCACGACAUGACCUACCCGCUCAUGGAUGAGCUGCACAAGUAUGUGCUCAACCUGGCCCAGGACCAGUUCGGCAACUACGUCGUGCAAUUCGUCAUCGAGCAUGGGUCUCCGACCGACAAAGCACUGGUGCUCAACCAGAUGCGCGGCCAAAUCCUGGCUCUUGCGCGCCACAAGUUCGCGUCCAACGUCUGCGAGAAGGCCCUGGUCUUUGCAGACUCGGAGACGCGCGCGCACCUCAUCGACGAGAUCAUGAUGCCGACUGCCGACGGCGUCAGCCCGCUGGUCAUCAUGAUGAAGGACCAGUUUGCGAACUACGUCCUGCAGCGUGCCCUCGCCACCGCGGAGGGCGAGCAGAAGGAGAUGCUCAUCGCGAAGGUGAAGCCUCAUAUCGCGAACAUGCGCCGCUACUCCAGCGCGUACAGCAAACACCUUGUUGCUGGUGAGUACGCUCUUAACUUUCUUUUGGACUGA